AAAAAUAAACUAAAAUAUAAUAUUAUGACUGAAUUGUUAAUAAUUAAAACUGCUAGCACCGAGAAAUUAAAAAGCAUUUUAGCCAAAAAUCAUAUCGAGCAUGAAAUCAUUUAUAACCAACUUUUAGUUGAUAAAAAACCAACUAAAAAAGAUAAAUUACGGGAAUAUAUUGAAAUGAAAAGCAAAGAAAAUAUUUUUGCUGAUUAUGGCGAGGCUAUUAAGGAUAAAGAACGGGAAAAGGAAAUUGCCUUAUGA